AUGGCGUCGACGACGGCGUACGCGCGGCCGUCCAAACUGCCGGGCGCGGGCCCGGGGGAGCGGAGGCCGGCGCCGCCGCGGCUCAUCAGGGCCUUCCUCGCCUCCGGCGCCAAGAUCGAGCCCAGGAAGCUCGGCGCCGGCCUGCUCGCCGGCUGCUGCCUCGCGCUCCUCACCUACGUCUCCCUCGCCAAGCUCUACGCCGUCUACUCCCCGGUCUUCGCCACCACCUCGGCCCUGCUCCAGAACGCCCCGCCGUCCUCCUCCUCGGCGGCCCCGGGGGCCGUGGCCGCCCCGCGCCCGCCCGAAGAACCCGCAUUUGCUGGCGGCAAGAACGGCAGCGCCGUGGAUCGCGCCGAUCUGACGGAGAAGGGCCCGGCGACGGCCGGCUCUCGAGAGCCCGGGGUGCCCGAGGCGGUCUCGAGGAAGGAGCACGCCGAGAAGGCGCCGGCGCCGGCGAACACCUCGGCACCAAUGCCAUCUGAUGGAGAAAGGAAGAGCAACAGCAGCAGCAAUGUCGGCGCCGGUCCGAUGAGCUGCGACGAAAAUGGUAUGGACGAGGGGUUCCCCUACGCGCGGCCGGCAGUCUGCGAGCUGUCCGGCGACAUCCGUGUCAGCCCCAGCCAGAAGACAAUGUACCUCCUCAACCCGUCCAGCGGCGGCGGCUUCGACGAGAAGGGCGAGAAGCGGCUCCGGCCCUACGCCCGGAACGACGACUUCCUCCUGCCUGCCGUGGUGGAGGUGACUGUCAAGUCUGUCGCCUCCCCUGAGGCCGCGCCACAGUGCACGAAGCAGCAUCGCGUCCCCGCGGUGGUGUUCUCCGUCGCCGGGUACACGGACAACUUCUUCCACGACAACACGGACGCGCUGAUCCCGUUGUUCCUCACGACGGCGCACCUGAAAGGCGAGGUGCAGCUGCUGAUCACCAACUACAAGCCGUGGUGGGUGCAGAAGUACACGCCGUUGCUGCGCAAGCUCUCCAACUACGACGUGAUCAACUUCGACGCCGACGCCGACGUGCACUGCUUCUCCCGCGGGUACCUCGGCCUGUACCGCGACCGCGACCUCAUCAUCGCCCCUCACCCGACCCGCAACCCGCGCAACUACACCAUGGUGGACUACACGCGCUUCCUCCGAGCCGCGUACGGGCUCCGCCGCGACCAGCCGGCGGUGCUCGGGGCGGAGCCCGGAAUGCAGCCCCGGAUGCUGAUCAUCUCGCGCACCGGCACGCGCAAGCUGCUGAACCAGGACGAGGUGGCCGCCGCCGCGUCGGAGCUCGGGUUCAACGUGACCGUGGCCGAGGCCGGCGACGACGUGCCGGCGUUCGCGGCCCUGGUGAACUCCGCCGACGUGCUUCUGGCCGUGCACGGCGCCGGGCUGACCAACCAGAUCUUCCUGCCGACCAACGGGGUGGUGCUGCAGAUCGUGCCGUGGGGGAACAUGGACUGGAUGGCGACCAACUUCUACGGGCAGCCGGCGCGGGACAUGCAGCUCCGGUACGUGGAGUACUACAUCGACGAGGAGGAGACGAGCCUCAAGGACAAGUACCCGAGGGAUCACGUGGUGUUCAAGGACCCCAAGGCCCUCCACAAGCAGGGGUGGCAGGCGCUCGCCGACACCAUCAUGAAGCAGGACGUCAAGGUGAACAUCACCAGGUUCCAGCCCUUCUUGCUCCAGGCCAUGGACGAGCUACAGGAGUAG